AUGCAUAGUUUCGACCCUGGUCUGUCGCUGGCCACCAAGCAGAAUAACUGGGAGACUCUGUUCAAGUUUUUCAAGAAGUACAAUGUGGAUAUCACUGUUGAAGACUUCGAGCCAGUCAUUCAUAGCUGUCCUGGUGCUGGUAUCAACAUUGUCACCAAGGCGUAUUAUAUUCUCACGAAGAGGCGCUUGGGUGGUAGUGGAAGCAAGACUGGCAGUAGAGAAGAGAGCACUUCCUCUGUCGUCCACGGCGGUGUGGAUAGUGAUGCUCCGAACUACGCGAAGAACACGGCGUCAGUAGUACUGAAAGACCCGGAGAUCGAUAGAACUGUUGAUGACAACGCGAGGGUUGUGAAAGCGCUGAUAGCUCUGGAUGCACACAACCAAGAGCAGCUCAGUGAGAAGGCCAGGACGGGUAGCAAUGACUCACAGUAUCGCCUCUAUCCACAAGGGCGUCCUGAUGUGGGCCAAAACGAAGAAGAGCUUGAGCCUGGUGAGCAAGGUGGAGAUGAGCCAAUAACGGUGAGAGAGGCUAGAGAGAAGCUCUUGGCUGCAAUGCUUGAUCCGUGCGAGCCGAGUGAUGAAUUUACUGGCUCCGGGCUGCAGCGACGCCACAUUGGCCUUGAAGCUUUAGGCUCUGCAGAAGGACCGUCACAGGGUGGAGCGGUAUCGGUGUUGGAGGUGAUUAAGUCUAUAGUGACAGCUGCUGUGGAAGAGCACCCGCAAGGCGGAUCCGCCCUAUUGCAGUCACUGGGUCCUCAGAAGGAUGUCAUGAGGACCCUCCUUGAGUCUGAUAGCACUAUACCGGCGGAAGUAGUGAUGUCCGCAUUGGCUGCUAUCAAGGACCAAGCUGCUAGGCUAGCUCCUAUGCUGGUCGAUAAUCCGGUGGAGGUAUGGCGCUUGUGGAAAAUCUUUGAGAAAGGCUUCAAGACGGUCCCUGAGGACUCCCCGGUUCUGCCACGGCUUGCUGAGCUCAUGUAUGCGAUAGGCACUGCUAUGCGUGCAGUAGAUCCUCAGCUCACUGCUAGUGCUGCGAAGGAUGGCUUCGUAGGAGCAACGGCAGAGGACGUAUUAGAGAUGCUGCAUGCAUUGCGGGAGGAGAUCGUGUACUGUUACGGUGGGCGUAUGGGGGAGGUCUUGCCACCCCUUGUGCGCUGUAUGAACUUCAUCAUCACUCUGCGGCUAGUUGCUGACUAUGAAGAUCCGGCAGGCAGGGCCCUUGCUGAUGUGUAUAUCUACUACGCGCUCCAAGGUGUUGAUAGUAGUUCCUACCAGGCGAGAACUAGAGGCCUUGGGAUACUCCUUGAGCUCGCAGCGAGUAGUUGUGUGUUAACUGAGGUGAUCCGUGAGGCUACUGUUAAGACCAUCAUAGCGGCUACGGUGGAAGAGGUAGAAUCUGGUACUUGCCUGGGAUGGGAACAGCAGGCCGUGGUACUGGCGUUGUUACUGACCUUCCUUGAUGUGGCAGUGAGGGGAUCUUCUGAAGGGGUGUCCGCAGAUGCCGAAGAUGAUAUACAGACUCGGGAAGCACUGGCGCUCCUUGUGAAGUUGAUCAGUGGUACGGCAUCGGUUGAGGUUCGCCAGAUAGCCCUCGUCGCCUUGGCCAAGUCGAGUACCCUCGAGGCAUUCGAGGGGCUUCUAAUGGAGCCCUUCCUUGAGGCCGUGAUUGGUUCGCCAGACGAAAUACGGAGGCGGCGUGCGUUGGCCGAGUUGUCCACAAGUCACUGCCUCGGCACUCUCAGCUAUGGUAUCACGCAGAGAGGGCGGUGCGCCUAUGGACUCGUUGUCUUUACCUCUGUUGGAGGUGCUUCUAUCGGCAUUGGUUUCCGCCCAUCGGAGUCUCAGGUUCUGGGCAGUUUCUUGUCAGUGGGUGAGGAAGCUGUUGAUUCCGCUGCUGCUCAUACCUGGAUCAAGCUUUUCCGAAGUCUGAGGUGGACGGGUCCCAGCCAUGACUUGGCCAUCGAUGUCCUUGCAGUGGUCCUCUAUUCGCCUCCCUCCUGA